AUGCAAGAUCCAACCAUGUCCAAACCAGGUGUCGUUCACGAGGAAGCGGCAGAGCAGCAGAAGGGGGACAAACUCGUGGAUAAUAGUGGCAUUGUACGCGUCGCCCUAACCGAAGAGGACAGCAAGCGCAUCUGCCAUAAGACCGACCGGACUAUCCUUGUUGUCCUUGCCUGGGUCUACUUCUUGCAGAUCCUCGAUAAAACAGUGUUGGGAUACGGUGCAACGUUCGGUUUACAGAAAGACACAGGCCUGACCGGUAACGAGUAUUCGCUCGUCGGCUCCAUUUCACCCAUUGCCCAACUUGCCUGGCAACCCUUUUCUUCGUACCUGAUUGUCAAGGUUCCACACAAAAUCCUUAUGCCAUCGUUAUGCCUUGGGUGGGGACUUGCGCAGACAUGCAUGGCUGCAUGCCACAACUUCAACUCCUUGAUGGCCGCUCGAUUUUUUCUUGGCUUGUUCGAGGCCGGCUGUCUCCCCCUUUUCGGUGUCAUCACUAGUCAAUGGUAUCGACGUGCAGAGCAACCGAUCCGGAUCGCUGCGUGGUAUAGCACAAAUGGCUUAGCAACCAUCGUCGCAGCUGCUUUAUCGUACGGACUGGCACAGAUCAAGUCGGAAGUGUUUAAAUCAUGGCAGAUCAUCUUCCUUGUUGUCGGCCUGAUAACCGUUGCAUCCGCCCCAGUCGUCUACUGGCGCUUGGACAACGAUAUAUCCACAGCUCGAUUUCUCACCGAGCAUGAGAGAGCUCAAGGAAUCGAGCGCCUUCGAGCCAAUCAGACUGGAACUGGAAACACCGAGUUCAAGUUCAGUCAUGUCCUCGAGGCUUGUUUGGAACUUAAAACAUAUCUGUGGAUUGGAAUGGCAAUGCUUCUCAACAUCGGUGCCAGCGUGACCAACAUCUUUGGCCCACUGAUCUUAAGCGGGCUUGGCUACGAUAAAUACAGAACAACUCUGCUGACAAUGCCGUUUGGCGCGCUGCAAUUCCUCAUCAUUCUGCUGGCAAGUUAUCUUGCUCAAACUGCUCGUCUGAAGAGUGCUAUCAUUGCGGGUUUCAUGCUGCCCGUCAUAGCUGGCCUAUCGAUUCUGUAUGCGGUCCCCCGGACCCAGUCUGUACAGAGCCAGCUACUUGCGGGCUAUUAUCUACUUGCCUUCUUAUUUGGCGGCAAUCCAUUAAUUGUGACCUGGAUCAUCGGCAACACGGCAGGAACCACCAAAAAGUCCGUCAUCAUGAGUAUGUACAACGCAGCAAGCUCGGCCGGAAAUAUCAUCGGUCCCUUGCUCUUCAAUGAGAAGGACAAGCCAGCCUAUCACCCAGGCCUGCGCGCAUGUCUUGGAAUCUUUAGCGCGCUGGCCGCUGUUGUUGUCAUUCAGUGGGGCAAUCUAUGGUUCCUCAACAAACAACAAGCCCGUCGCCGUGUCCAAAACGGCAAGAGAGCUGAGAUCGUUGACCUUUCGAUGCAAAAUAAUUAUCACGAAAUGCAUGAUACCCUGGAGGAGGCUGGAAAUGAGACUGUCCAAGUUGGGGACAACGCAUUCCAGGAUCUGACUGAUCGGGAAAAUGAUGAAUUUGUUUAUAUUUAUUAA